AUGGCUACUAGACCAUCUUGUAUCCGGCUCCUACAUGUUGCGCUCUACGAUCGAGGCGUACAGGACGCCAACGCCACCCUACCCACUCUGCACGACACUACAGAUCCCAUAACAUCGGGUACUACGCCCCAUAAUCUUAAUACCGGCUUCGCUAAAACAGGCAAGGAUCUCUGGCGCUUCGAAAGCAAGAGCAUUCCUCAAGAUGGCCCCAGCCUGCUACUGGUUCGCAUAACCAUCAUCGAGGUAGUGACUGAGGUCAGCUACUCGAUAUUUGGAGGGUGGGGUACUCUGGUCCGGUAG